AUGAAGAACAGUCUUCAGAACCGUACACGGAGAAGAUCCCCCCGAGAAGAACGAAGACCACACCGGAACUCCCCGACUGCGACAGAGAAAAAACAGAGCAAUCGAAGCGAGAAAAUUGAUCCACUCCCAACCCUAAAAGCCGACCACCCACGAACCACCGCUGCUACAACUGCGCCGUACCUCCAGAGAACGCGAAGACCUACCAGAGAAGCCAAACCUUGCGCGCAGGAAGCUCGCCAGAGAUCUCACGCAGACCCAGAGAAAACAAGCAAGGCAGAGAGACCGAACAUGACACGACGAGUGGCUAAAGAGAAAACGAGUAAGAGAAAGGAGAAGCCCCGCCGGUGCCGGACGCGCGCUCACGCGGCGGCGGACCGGAGGAGAAAGUUCAAACGCGUUCUUUGUUGCAGAAGAUAA